AUGAAUAUAUUGAACAAUAGCUUUAAAGUAGAUAAUUCUACAGAUAAUUUAUUGAAGAAAAUAAAACAUAAUGUAAAAACAUUGAACAAAAAAGAUAUAGUAAAUAAUAUUGAAUAUUAUAUAUGUAUUUUGUCAAAUAUUAAUUUAAAAUAUGUAUAUAAUAAAAAUUAUAAAUUAACUUAUUUGAUUUUGAAAUUGUUAAUAGAAAAUGGAUUAAAUAUAGAAACUAUAAUUAUAGACAAAAUUUUACCACUGUUAAAUUUAAAAUAUAUUUUAGAAAAAAAUAAAGAAAUAAAAAUAAUAACUAUUAAUAAGAUAUUAUGCCUAAUUAAUAAAAAUGAAAAAAUUAAUUUAAAUACGAUUAAUAUAUUUAAUAUGUUGUUUGAUACUAUAAUUUUACUGAUAGAUAUUUUUUAUAACUGUAGAAUAUAUUGUUUCGAAAAUCAAGUUGAUUAUACUUUAAGUAUUAGUGAGAAUAAAGAAAAUGAGAAAAAAAAUGAGGAAACAGAAUUAUUAUUUGAUUCAGAAAAAAAUAAAAAACACAAAAAAGAUAAGGAGUUACUAAUUGAUGGUAAAAAAAAUAACGAUAUAUGUAGACCACCAAGUGAUCUGAAAUUUAAUAAAAAAAGAAAAAAAGAAAACAACAACGUUGAAUUAAAUGAUUCCAAUUAUACAAUAAACAGUAUUACUAAAAUAUAUGAUUUAGUGAAUAAUAUAAAUAAUAUAUUUUCUUUAUAUUUUAAGAAUUUUAAAAUUAUUAAUAAUGAUAUAAAAAUAUAUGCUUUCUUUAAUAAUUUAUUUGCAUUAUAUUGUUAUUCAUAUGAUUACAUUCAAAAAUUAAAUCAUGUAUCAACUAAUGAUGACGAUAGCACUAAUUUAUUUAAUAUUAUUAAUGAUUUAUACAUCUUAAAAAAUAAUAUAAAAAGAUUCAUUAUUUUGUGUGUGGAAAAUGUUUGCUUGCAAUAUUUUAAAAAUAUAUACAAUUUAUACGACAAAAGUAAAUACACUUUAAAAAUGAACUAUUUAUUUUUUAAUUUUUCUGAUAAUAAUAAGAUAUUAGAAAUAAUAUACAUAAUUUUUAAUAAAAUAGGGAAUAAUAAUCCAUGUUUUAAUUAUGAUUUUCAGAAUAAUAAGUUAAAUUGCUUAUUUUCUAUAAAUAAGAAUAAAAUGGAAAAGUUAGAAUAUUAUUUUAAAAAUGAUAAUGAUUUAAAUAAUAAAUAUAAAUUUUUAAAUAUUGUUAAAAUAAAAGGCAGCAUUAAAAUUUUGUUAAUAAUUAUGAAAUAUCUUAUUAUGAAAUAUAACACAUCAAAUUUUAAAUGUAUUCAAAGUUUUAUUUUAUUUUUUUUAUUAAUACCACAUUUUGAAUUGUGUAUUUACAAUAAUUCAAUGAAAAAUGAAUAUUUAAAAUUAUUUGAUUUUAGUCAUUUAAAAAAUAAGGAAUAUGAACAGUGUAUACAAAAAAAAAAUGUGAAUGAAGAGGAAACAAAAAUAAAAUCAUAUAAAGAAGAAGAAAAAAAAAAAAAAAAAGAUAAAAAUGAUAAUAAUUUAGAUGAAAAUAAAGUAGAAUUAGAUGGAUAUUUAGAUGAAGAGGAAAAUAUAGAUUCUGAAGUAGAUUUAGAUGAAGAUAUUGAAAAGCAUUCAGAAACAAAUUGCAAUAAAAUAAAUGAAAUAUAUUAUAAAAAAAUGAAUAUUAAAAUUCCAUAUUCGUCUUGUAUUUUUCAAGAUGUUAUUGAUUUAAAUAGUGAUAAAGAAGUAUUUAGUAAUCUACACAUUUUAGUAGAAUAUUCUAAAUUAAUUUAUAAAUGUUUAAAUUAUCUAAAUAGUAAAAAUAAUAUAAAAAAAGAUUCCUUUUUAUUUAUUAAUUUAGCAUAUUUUGUAAAAUAUAUAUUUGAUUGUAUAACAAAUGCUUAUUUUCUACUUUCAGAUAAAAAUAAAAGUGCAAUAAAAGAAUGUAAAGAAAAUAGCAUAUUUGAAAAAUAUUCUCAUUUUAAAAAUAAUUAUGAAAAAAUUUAUAUAAAAGGAAAACCACACUUAGUAUUAUAUAACUCUAAACUAAAGAAUAUUUUCAAUACAUGUGUAAAUAAAAAUAAUGAUAAUUUAAUUCACUUAUUUUGUAUAUCUAAUAAAAAAACAAAUAUUUUUAUAUAUUUAAAUUACUUAAUAUACACAAAUCAACUUAACUUAAUUAAUAUUUUAAAUUUUGAUAUAAAACCUUGCAAAUUUAUAUUUUCUACACUUUUUUCAUUUAUUAGAAGAAUUAAUUUUGAUUUCAAAUAUUCCAAUUUAAAUAUUUUUACUAAUUAUUAUAUACACAAUUUUAGUGAUCACAUAAUUAAAAAUAUUUUAACCAUAUUUAUAAAUAUAUUUGAUUUAAAUUAUUUUAUAAAAUAUAUACAUAAUUAUAUAGGAAUUGAAAAAUUACCACAUUUAAGAAUGAUUAAUUUUUUGUUGAACUCUAUUUUUAUAAAUGUUUUUAAAGAUAAUAUGAAUAAAUUAAUAGAUCAACAUACUAAUUUUUGUAGUUAUUUUAUUGAAUUAUAUGAAUUUCACAUAAAUGAAUUUAAUACAUUAUUAGACAAAAUUCUUUCUUCUAUAAAAAAUAAUUUUUUAUUAAAUUCUAAUAAAUGUUUUAAAAUUCAAAAUAAUGAAAAUAUCAAUUUAUUACAGAUAAAUGAUGAAAAUUGUUCGAUAUCGCAGUUAGUACAAAAGUAUCAAGUUAUGUUUGUUAAUAUUGAAACAUUAGAAUAUAUUUUUUGUUGUUAUUUAAAAUCGAUAUAUAAAAAUAAUAUAAGUAGUAAUUUUUUAAAAUAUAUUCAAAAAAUAGUAAAGUUGUAUUUAAAAAAAAAGAAAAAUAUAAUUAUUUUUCAUGAACAAAUAAAAGGGAACUUUUUUAAUACCAAAUAUUACAAUUUUUAUUUUAGCAUUUAUAUUUUUUACUUUUUUAAUUUUUGUAUAUCUAGAAUAGCUACAUAUGCUAUAUUAAAUAGUAAAACAAAAACUGAAAUAUUAAAAAAAAAAGUUCAUUUAAUAAUAUCAUUACUUCAGAAUAAUUUUAUUAAUAUUGAAUUAACAUAUGAUCAAUGUAUUGAACAAGAUUCUAUUUAUAAAUUUUUUGAUUUACUACAAAUAAUUUUGAAGACAUUAUUUUUUUAUAUUUAUUUUGCCGAAUUUCAUUUAUUAGAUAAACGUGAGUUGAUUGAAUAUUUCAAACAAAUUAGUAAUGUUUUAAAAAAGAACUCAUUGGAAGAUUAUUCUUAUGUUAUGAAAAAAAGAAUUAAUAAACACAUAUUAAGUUUUUUUAUUUAUAAUUAUAAUUUCAUAAUGAAGAUAUUUGAUGAUAAUGAGGAAAUUGAAAAUAUAUAUUUAGAAUUAAUAAAAAUUAUAUUUAUUGAUAUUAAUAUAAUAAAAAAUGAACAUAAUUAUAACUUUUUUUUUGAGUUUUUUUUUAAUAUACAAGAAAAAACAAGACUUACUGAUUUAUUCAAUGAACUUUUUACAUUACAUUUCAUAUUAAUAAUAAAUAACCUAGAGAAUGAUUUAAGAGAAAAAAAGGAAUUGAUAGAUAAUGAAAAUAUAUGUACAAAUAUUUUACAAAAUGAAGAGAUAAAUUUAAUUAACUAUUCUAAUGUACUAAUUGAAAAAAAUAUUGGUUUUACUUAUAAUAAUGAUUGGUAUGAGAUAUUUAAUUUAAGUAAAAAAUUGAUUUUUAAAAACAAUUUAUAUGAUAACUAUGAAAAUAUAAUGAUUGAUAUAUUUUCUAAAAGUCCAUAUUAUAAUAUUCCUUCAUAUAUGUAUAAUAAAUAUAGUGGUAACAUAAACUUAGACAUAUGUAUUUUAAGUAAAUUAUUUGUAUUAUUUAAUGAUAUUGAAAAUAUGCAAGAAAAAUUAUACACAUUAUUAUGUAAAAUAUUUGAAAAUUUUCAUAUUUACAAUAUAUAUUAUGAAUAUAUUUUAAUAAAUAUUUUAUUAUGUUUUAUUAAGAAUUUACAAUCUUUAAAAAAAAGAAAGGCAAACAUUUCUAUUUUUAUAAAAUUUUCCUUUUAUAUUUUUAAAAAACAAAAAGAGUAUAUUGAUAAUGGGAAAUACAUAAAUAAUAAGAAUAUUUUUGUUCUAAAAUUGUUUUUUCACAUAUUUUUUAUUUUUAUUAAUAUUUAUAAGAAUGAGGAGAGUAAUUAUAAUAUCUUAAAUAAUACAAAAGAUGAUACAGGUUUAAGAAACAAUAAAAUAAACAAAAAAAUAUUGGAUAAAGGAAAUGAACAAAGUGAAAAUGAUGAUAAAGAUAUUAGAAAAAAUAUAAAUACGAAAAUUAAAAAUGAAAAAUUAGAAGCUUGUUUUCUUUUUUUUAUUAAGUAUUUUAUAGUAACUCAUAAUAUUUUAAUAGGAGAAAAAAAAAAUAAUGACAUAGAUGAUGAAAAUAUUUCAUAUAUGCUAAAUCAUUUAAAUAUUUGUAAUAAUGACGAUAAUAGUAAUAGGAACAACAAUAAUACUUUAAAUGUAGGAAAAAUUUAUAGUAAAAAAUUAAUAAAAGAAAUGAAAAAGUUCAUUAAAAAUCUUCUUAUUAAUAAUCAAAAUGAUAUUACAAUAAAAAUAAAUUCCUUUUUUUUGGGAUUGAUAGAAUAUAUAUUUUUUUCCUUUUUUACUGGUAGAAAUUUUAAGAAAAAUUGUAAUAAUAAAAUUAUUCUCAAAAUAAUAAAUAUGUUUAAAAAAGUUAAGGUGGAUAAAAUUUUUUUUCAAGUAAGUGAAGAAUAUAAAACAUUUCUGUACAGUAUUUUUAUUCUAAAGAUAUUUAACAUUAAGAAAAAGAAAAAAUUAUUGCAAAAUGUAGAAUACUCUAAAGAUAAAAAAAUUACGAAAAAUUUUAGUUUUGAAGAUGAUGAUGAAAAUUCAAAAAAUGUUGAAAAAGAGAAAAGUAAAACAAAAAUUAAUAUAAUAAAUAAAAAAAAAUUAAUUUUAUUCUUCAAAUUAUUUUUAUCUAUUGAUUUAAGUAACAUUUAUAUUUUCAAAGAGGAACAAAAUAAAAAAAGUUGUAUAAUUAUAUAUGAUUUCAUUUUUCAUUAUAACAAAAUUUUAGUAGAAUCUAAUAAAAAAAAAUCUAUUUAUAUUUGUUUAAAAUAUAAAGAUAUUUUAAAAAAAAUAGUAAACUUAUUAAGUUAUACCUCUGCAGAAGUAGAGUUUGUUUUAAAAUAUGUCGAUAUAGAAAUCAAUAAAAUAUAUGAGGAAAAGGAAAUUAAAGACUUUUUAUUUUAUUCAAACAUACAUAUAAUGACAUUAAUUUAUAUUUUUUCUAAUAAUAAAGAAUUUUUAUCUCAUAUAAUUCUUCUAAAACAAAAAUCAGAUAAUUGUUUACUCUUUAUUAAUUUAUACUUUCAUAUAAUUAAAUAUACUCAAUCAUUUUUGGAAAAUUUAAAUAUAUUUAAAAAUCCUGAGAUUUCUUUUCUUUUAUAUCAUUUUAUUUAUAAAUUAUCACAACUUUUUAACUUUUUUUUUGUUAAGUUAAAAUUUUCUUCUACAGAUAACAGAUAUUCUACUUUUCUUCUCUUUGUAAGUGACUAUUGUAACCUAUUAGUCAAAAUAAUGGACAUAUUAAAAAAAAAAAUACUAAAAAGUAAUGAUAGAAAUGAGACAAUAUUGAAUAAAAGUUUUAUCACUCAUUUUUAUAUAUUAAAUAAUUCAAAUCUUUUUGAAAAGAAGAAAUUUUAUUUGUACCUACUUAGUCACCAACUUUUUACAAUACUUUAUGAAUUUUUUAAUAUAAAAAGAAACGAAAAAAUUAUUAAAUCAAAAAAAACAUUUGUUGAAGUUAUAAAAAAAAGUGCAUAUAUUAUAAAAUAUUUAUGUUCAUACCUAGAUUCAAUUCUAUAUUUUGAUAACAGAAUAAAUAAGAUAUUAUUAAGAAAUGCUAAUUUUUUUAUGAAUUUUCUAAAAAAUAAUAAGAAUACACUGAAUUUGUCAAAAAUAGCUUUUCCAGUUUUAAUUCAAAUUGUAGAUAUUUAUGAAAUAAUUUCUAAAAAUAAUGAAAUAAGUGAAGAAAAAUAUGAAGAAAAACAAAUUCUGAAAAAUGUUUUUUUAACUAGUUUAUCAAUACUUGAAGAUAAUUCUAUUCAAUUUUGUUAUUCGUUAUUAAAUGAAAAAAAAAAAGAAAUUUUUAAUGUCCUGUCUAGUUAA